CUUCCUUCCCCCUCUCCCCUGCGUUGUGCGAUCCUACAUUGCGUAGCGCCUUCUCCCUCUCUCUCGCCCCCGCCGCGCCCCCCCCCCCCCCCCAAAUCGCCUGCUCUGUUCGUUCUCAUUCCGCCACUUUCUCUCUCUAGAGAACUCUCUCUCUCCAGAGCCUUCUUUCUCUUGAAUUUUGUUCUUAUAGAACAAAAUGGAGUACGAGAACCUUUACAGGCAGGCUCAGAGGCCUAAAUAUGACUGCCUUCUAUUUGAUUUAGAUGAUACUCUCUAUCCCCUUAGUUCUGGUUUGGCAGCUGGAUGCCUCAAGAACAUUCAAGAUUACAUGGUUGAGAAGCUUGACAUCGAGCAGGAGAAAAUCCCAGCUUUGGGCAAUCUACUGUACAAGAAUUAUGGGACAACAAUGGCAGGCCUUAGGGCAAUAGGGUAUGAUUUUGACUACGAUAAAUACCACAGUUUUGUUCAUGGGAGACUACCUUAUGAGAAUCUAAAACCCGACCCUGUUCUAAGAACUCUUCUGCUUAGCUUGCCUAUUCGUAAAGUUAUCUUCACAAAUGCAGACGGGGCGCAUGCUGCUAAAGUUCUGAGUAGACUUGGGCUGAAAGACUGUUUUGAAGGGAUUAUCUGCUUUGAAACUCUGAAUCCCAUUCACAAGACCACCGUAUCUGAUGAUGAAGAUGACGUUAAGUUUGUGGGCCCAACAUCAGCUACCAAAAGUAGCAACCAAAUCUUUGACAUUAUUGACCACUUUUCUCAGCCUAAUCCAGGAUCAGCAUUGCCAAAAACACCAAUUUUCUGCAAACCAUCAGAGGAUGCCAUUGAACAAGCUCUCAGGAUUGCCAAAAUCAAUCCCCAGAGAACGCUAUUCUUCGAUGAUAGUGUGCGAAACAUACAAUCAGGAAAGCGUGUUGGCCUGCAUACCGUGCUGGUUGGCACUUCACACAGACCUAAAGGGGCAGAUUAUGCCUUAGAAAGCAUCCACAAUAUUAGGGAAGCAUUGCCAGAGCUCUGGGACGCUGACAAGAUGCCUGAAGUCAGUUACCCCGGCAAGGUCGCGGUGGAGACAUCCGUGACAGCUUAGAAGUUAGGAUCUUCUUCCCAAAUUCCUGUCUGAUGUAGAUGUCUUCUUGUGAUUAUUAAUUAAUUAAUAAAUCAAAGAUCUCAUUUCCUAA